AUGUACGGCGGCCAAAAGAAGAACCACGCGGAGCACAAGCCCGGCGGGGCUCCGCCCGCCGCCAGCCCGCGGAUCUCCUUCUCCAACGACUUCAUAGAGGCCGGAGGGUCCAGGGUCGGCGCGUACAGGGACGCGCCGGUAUCCGACUUCGAAUUCUCCGUCGGCGGCUACUCCAUGAUGACCGCCGACGAGCUCUUCUUCAAGGGCAGGCUACUGCCGCUCAAGGAGGGAUCCGCCGCCAACACCGCCGCCGGGAGGACGCUGAGGGACGAGCUCGAGAACGGCGGCGACGAAGAAGGCGACGGCGGGGGAGGAUUCUCGCUCCGGCCGCCGAAGAAUCCGGCGAAGUGGAGGGGGUUUUGGGGGCUCCGGAAGUCGAAUAUCGGGUCGAAGAAGGCUGAGAUGGGCGGCGAGAAAAGGACAGCUGGCUGUAAUAACAACACUACCCAUGAUGACGAGGAUGUCCAAGGCACCAAGGAUUCACAGGAUUUGGUUGAUUGA